AUGUCAUUUAACGACGGGCGCCGCUACGGCCAUGUGCCCCCGGCGCAGUAUCCCGUCCAGAACACACAAUCGCAAGACCCCGCCCGUCGGUCCAGCUUCCACCGUGGCGACGACUCAAGCUUCCUUGAUCAGCAGGGCAACGGCAUGGUUCGCGGCGAUGAUGAGCUUUUUGUUUCCAGUCCGGUUGAGACCCAUAACUCGGCGAGCACGAGACCGACGACAGGCUACGGUGCUACCGCAAACGUUGGCAUGGCUGGCUACCAACACCAGUACCAGGCGCCGCCUACGCCAACAUCCUACAACCCUGCACAAUUCGCAACACAACCGUUGUCCACGGCUGGCUUUGGCAGGUCUUUGAGCACAAACCAGGUACCCAGCACUGCUAGAUCCUCCUACAACACGCCGGCAUCCCCCACGUACGGCACCCUCGCGUCGCCAACAAGCUACACUCCCCAGGCCUACAACCCAGCUGCGUAUGCGAACACCCGCACAACGGCCGCUCCACAGAGGCAGGCGACAUAUCACGGCUACAACAACUAUACCCCCAACUAUAAUCCUGCAGCCCCUCUCCAGCCAUCCUCAGCUUCUGCCACCCCGACCUACGGAUACGGGUCACCACAGGCACAACAGAUCGCCCAGCCAUCCUAUGAGCAACCGGCGAGCAACCAUCAGUACAGGUCGUCAAAUGCAUCGAAUUACUCCCAGCACUCGUCAAAUGCCUCCUACUCUUCUCAGUACAGCGCCCCCUACGGCUCUCCGGCUUAUCCCAGCUCAUACACGGGAAGCAACAACGCGUAUGGGGGUGGUUAUUCGACAAAUGGGGGUGCAUCUUCAUCAAGCCCUUACCCGGCCGGUGCUUCACAGGUGCCAUACCCCAUGGAUGAUCAAAUACCAGUAGGGCCGAACUACUCCUCCGAAAGCCUUAAUCGUCCACGGUCUACUUCACAGAGCUCUCCUCUACCCUCGCCGCAGUAUCAACCACCUCUGCCCUCAGGAGGGGGUCUUCAACGACACCCAACAAACGCGCCGCUGCCGAACAGACCAAUGGACGAUGUACCAGAAGAGUGGGACCCAAGCGGGCCGACUGUUGAUGACGGCCGCCUCACUCAAGAUAACCUGCUCCGGGAGAUAGAGGCCGAUCUUGGGAUGCUGCAGCAUUCAACCUCGCAGGCAUCGUCAUCUCACUCUAGGCGGCCAAGGCCGAUCAACGGCAACAUAUCUGAUGAUGAGAGGAAUCUUCUUCGGGAGUCGCGUCUCGCCGAGAGCCAGGGUCCCUUUAGCACUCAUGAGUUGAGCUCCGCAUUGAGGGAAGACACCCGAUUCCAGCAGGGUUCAACACUUGCCCCGCCAGCAGCACCGCCGGAUGACAGUCUCAGUGAUAAUGAAUGGGCUGGUGCCAUGGCUUUCGGCGGCAUGGAUCUGGGGUCUUUAGGCGGAGGUUACGCAGGGACCUUGUCCUACGAUAACAACAUCAGCUCUCCUCCAGCUGACAACCAAUCCGGUACGUUCGCAGACGCCGAUGUAGAUUUUGGGGGUACUGGUGGUCUUCAGUCGGCUUCACUCGCGCGCGCCCCAAGCUUUGAUCAGGGUGAUGAAGAGGUGUCUGUUCGAUCCAGAAGAAGUGGGAGCGAGUCGCCCUAUAAGGAGGAUGAUAACUUCGACAUGCCUGAUAUGUUCUACCAUCCGGGUCUAUCGAGCAGGCCGCUUCCAGCGAUCCCGCCAACUGGUUCCGAUAGCAGUUCGAUGAUCUCAGCCCACCCCUCCACCCGGUCACAGCACCACGGCUACUCCCAGAGCAUCGACGCAGCUCCUGGUCUUCAUAAUCAACUCCAGCAGCAACAGCAGCAAGUCGAGCGAUCAAUAUCAUUAUCUAACCACAGCAGCACCCCAACCGUAACUUUGCCCGGUCGAUCGAGGACGGAUGCCGCAGAGGAGAGAAAGAAAGCACACAGGACCAUGGCCCAACAGGCACAGAUGUCUAGCGCGGCUAGCAUACCCUACGACGGGUUUGAAAGCGCGACACCGUCUUCUACGGUCACUUAUGAUGCCAUCACACUUCCUACUGGGAGACGACGCAAAUUUGUACCUGCCAAGUUGACCUCUGGCGAUCUUCGUCGCUGCGCGGAGCCGUGGGCUCUCAGCGGUAUUGCUACUUGGAUCCGUGAGAUGGCUGAAGGCGAGCCGGAUCUCAAGCAGAAGACCAUUGAGGAGGGUCUCAUCAAGUUGUUCACUACCAAGGUCCCGACCAUGAAUGUUGCCGAUGCGGAAACAUUGGCCAGCAAGGUGUUUGACAGGAUGUUGUCUGCAGGCAUCAUAAUUCGCGAGGAAGAAUGGGUCAAGUUUGGUCCCGGGACCAUAUCUGGUGUGCUUACGCAGCUUACUGGCCACGGCUGCUACGCGGCCAAGCUCCACGACGAAGAGAUUCCAGGGAGAUGCUAUAGCUAUUACUGCACGAGAACGCUCAAGAAGGCCAAUCUGGACGACCUAAUGUCAGGAGAGACCAUCAAGAAGACAGACUGGAAGGAGUAUCACAACCUCACGGAUACAGUCAUGAUUUCUCGAGGAAAGAAAGAGGUUGAGCGUCAGAAUAAUUUGCAUGAGAUUGUGUACAGCGAGGAGGUCUUUAUGAACCAUAUGGAGGUUCUUCGUGUGCUGUACAAGGAGCAGCUCAAGGCAUGGCAGCCGCCCAUCAUCACUCCAAACAGGCUGGGCAAGUUUAUCGACAACGUCUUUGGCAAGGCCGAGGCCGUGCAGCAGACAAACAAGGAGUACUUGCUCGCGCAACUCAAGUACAGGCAAGCGGAGCAAGGUCCAUGGAUUCAUGGCUUCAGUGACAUUUUCCGCGAGUGGAUUCGCAAGGCCAGAGAGCCGUAUAUUGCAUUCUCGGCAUCGUACCCUUAUGCUCAGUUCCUAGUCCGGCGUGAGAAGGAUCGCAACGUGCUUUUCCGGCAAUUCCUUGACCAUGUGCGCAGCCACCGAAGAUCCGAGAGGCUGGGCUGGGAUACCUACCUCAAAGCGCCCAUCACACGACUGCAACGAUAUUCUCUACUGCUUCAGACGGUUCACAAGAACUCGGUCAAGGAUGACGAGGAGAAGGCAAACCUGGCUAGAGCCAUCGAGGAGAUCAAGGCGGUGACCAUGGAGUGUGACAAGCUUGUGGAUGACAUGACGAGACAAGUGGCGCUCAUAGAGCUCCAGUCCUCACUAGUUCUACGCCCUGGAUUCCAGUCCAAGCUCAACCUUGACCACCUGGGCCGCGAGCUCAAGAUGCAAGGAGACCUGCAACGUAUGGGAUCUCGAGGUGUGCGUUGGGUUGAGACGCAUGCGUUGUUAUUUGACCACUACUUCAUUCUAGCCAAGAUCAUCCCGAGCAAGGAUGGGCGGAGUGAGAAGAAAUACGAUGUGUCGAAAGAGCCUAUACCAAUGCCUCUAUUGUUCCUCGAGAGUAUGAAUGAUGAUCCGGUUUCGAAACAAAAGGGCAUAACUGCUCCACUCAACCGUGCAGCACCAACAGCUGGGUCAGGGACUCAGUUGAACAAGGUCAUGUCAAACGGUGGUGAUCGCCCAGGCCUCGAACACUCGAAUACGAGCUCCUCUGCCUCAUCGAUGCAGCCUGUCACACGUCUCAACACGACCAACUCGUAUGAGGAGGGCAAGAUCCUCUACCCAUUCAGGGUCAAGCAUCUGGGUCAUGAAGUCUAUACGCUAUACGCCACAACAGCGCAGAACCGACAGGAGUGGUGCAACCAACUGAUCGAGGCCAAGACAAACUAUGCCAGGGCAUUGCACGCACAAAAUGCCGAGCCUUUCCGGCUGCGUGUUGUGGCCGAUGGUGCUUUUGCUUACGAUUCCAUCUCGGCCAUGGGGAGGACAGCAGGAGUGCCAAUCCGUGGAACGCCCCUGGAUCGGGCUAUAAGAGAAAUGGAGCAGGUCUACGGGCCUGGCCGGGGUCCCGCAGCAGUAUGUCGGGCACAGGUCAACUGUGCGACGGCAUUCAAUGCCUACAACAAGUCGAUCAUUGCAAUCGGAACUGACUUUGGCGUGUACAUCUCGGAGGCCAGCAACCCGCGUGGGUGGACGCGUUCUGUGCAGAUAAGCAAAGUGACGCAGAUCGCCGUGUUGGAGGAGUUCUCGGUUUGUUUGAUCAUUGCCGACAAGUCGCUCAUCUCAUACCCUCUGGACGUCAUAGCUCCCGUAUCCAACUUCCCGGCACCGUCUCACGAUAACCCCCGCCGAGCCCCGGUGCGCCUAGCCAAGGAUGUCAGUUUCUUUGCAACGGCGCGUAUGAAGGAUCGGAUGUUAGUUUUCUUCAAGCGGAAAGAAGGAAUGCACAACACCUUCAAAGUUCUGGAGCCUGUGUUCCAAAAGUCGUCCGAAAAGAAGUCACGUCUUUUCGGCGGUAGGAAGGGAGGCUCAGGGACCACCGAGUACUUCCGUGAUUUUGACGAGUUUUAUCUCCCUACCGAGUGUUACUCGCUCAACCUGCUGCAAACGUACAUCGCAGUGUCCACAGCCAAGGGCUUCGAGCUUCUGACGCUUGACAAGAAGCAGACCAUGUCAAUACCGCGGGAUCUGACCCUGCCGGCCAUCGCCGACAUUGCGCAGCGCAUCCAGAGCCAGCGUCCCCUGGGAAUGUUCAAACUCAAUGAUCAAGAAUUCCUGCUCACUUAUGAGGACUGUGCCGUGUAUAUGGACAAGCAUGGCGAGGUAUCGCGGACGCUGAUCAUGGAAUACAGUGGCAAGCAAAAGAAAGCCCGCGCGGCCACCAUGUUUGGCCAGUAUUUGCUUCUCUUCAACGAAGACUAUGUCGAGGUGCGCAACGCGGAGAAUGGCCGUCUCAGACAGAUAAUCGCGGGUCGCGACGUCAGAUGUCUCGAUUAUGGUUAUCGCGGACCGACCGGGCCCGGGCAGGGCGUGGCCACAGGCGCACUGCCGAUGGACUCUCAAGGAACCGUCAAGAUCUGCAUGAGCCACCCCGAGGUCCCUGGUAGUCAGAUCGUCUUGGAGAUGGCGUUGAAUGAUGGACAUCUGGAGAAGUCAUGA